AUGCCCCACAAAUCCUCUGGCCCUCGUCGUCGUACUGCCGUAGCUUGUGAUCGCUGCCGUCGUAGAAAGAUUCGUUGCAUCGCAUGUGAAUUCCCAAAUCAACCUUGUAUGGCUUGUCAAAAAGCCCAUGCUGAAUGCCAUUUUUCCGUUUCUUCCUGGCGUUCUUCUCGAAAACGCACUACCCCUUUUCAUUGUCCUCCCCAUUCUUCUUCUUCUUCUUCUUCUUCUUCUUCCCUUUCCUACCCUACUACCCUCUCAGGUGACCCAUCUUCCAUCUCUACAUACCCUCCUCCUCUCGCUGCUUCCGCCCCUUCCAAACUCUCUUCCUUUCCUCCCUCUUUCGUCUCUUCCGCAGCCGCUUCGCCUGUUGAUACUUCUACCUCCUCUUUUCCCUCUCUCUCUGCUCCUUCAAAUUCCUCCCGCCAAAUGUUUUACCCCUCGUGUAAUCCUACCAAAAAUUCCUCUACUACACUUCCCUCAUACAACGAUCCCCAAGCUCCUCCUACUUCCUCUUCUUUCGUCUCUUCUCCCCUUGUACAGACUUCUCUUUACAUGUCUCCCCCUUCCCACCCCAUCGACCCUCCUAUCUCUCCCACCACGGUUCCCAUUAAACAAUAUGCAUCUUCUUCCUCUUCACCUCCUUCUCUUAGUGCUUCCAUCUCUUCUGUGUCUUCCGUUCCCGGAUACGUGGACCACGAUCCUCUUCAGCCAUACUCGUAUCAAACACAUCCUUUUUCUACCCACUUGGAUUCUUCUUCUUCUCCCUCAACACCAAAUUCAAACUUCCCGAACCAUACCUUUCCUUCUUCCAAUCUCUCAACUGCCAAAUUUCCUCAAGAUGGUUACGUCAACAAGCCUUUCCAUCAGCUUCCCAUGCUGUCAGACUUGUCCCUCCCAAACGUCCAACAAUCUCAUUCCACCAAACAAGAUUCUUCAAACUCCUUUUCUUCUUCUUCUUCUUCUUCCAAGAAUCAGCCCUUGAAUUCUUUUCACUCUACCAAUUCUCAGCUUUUGGGCGAUUCUGACUUUGACUAUUCUUCCUACCUUACAGACUCUUCUGACAGCGCUUCCCCCGCCGUUCAAACCGAUGAACCAGUCUCUCACACACUUACAACCUCCGGUAGUGAUCCCAUCGGCUCUGUUGACCCUCUUAGUCUUGAAAUUGAUCAGUUUACCAACCUGCAGGAAAGCGUUUCUUCAAAUAAUCCUUUGGAGACUUCUUUCUCCCAGUUCUCCAACUGCAAUCCCUCCAAGUCCACCGUUCUUCCCUGGACGAUUGGAUCCCCUCCCAUGCAAUCCUUUGCUUAUCCCGACUUUUGUGGAUCGCUGGAUGAAUCUUUCCAGUGCUUAGACUUUACCAAUGAAAACUUGUGGUGGGAGAAUCUUGAUUCUGAAAAAACCACCCCAUUGAAAACUGAAAAACCAAUACUCUCUUCAGGCAGCGGCGUUAUGGAGGAAAUGUCGCACUUCUUGAAAAAUCUCGAUGAUUAA